AUGUUAGAAGGACACGAACCCUUGAAUCUAAUUGAUUACAAGUCAAGAACACAAAUGCGCGAUGAAAGUAGAGAAUUCGUUUUACAAGCUGCUAUUGCUUGGGUACUGAUAAUUUUCAUUGGAACUGCUGUUCGUUAUGUAUAUGAUAUUAUUGGAAGUUUUGCCGAAAUGAGGCCACCUAGAAAAGGAGAAUUAUGUGAUAUUGAAAUUGUAUUAAUAUUUGUUACACCGUUCAUAUUGAUUUAUUUACAUAAAUAUAUGACACCAUGGUUUUGGGAUGAACUUUGCUUCACUGCUUGGAUCUUAGCUAAUGAGAUGUAUAAUAUGCUUACCAAGGGACCAUUCUAUAAAUUUGCAAAAGUGAUGGAUAUUUAUCCUAGAUUAAUUAUGGAAUUGGUAAAAGCAGGAUAUGAGGAGACACAAUAG